CAUAGCAGCGGCGGUAUAAACAAAGCAAAGAGGGCGACAACAUCAGCACCCCAGACAGGAUAAAUAACAAGACAUCGUGUCGCGUAUCGGUUCCGUUGGGGGAUUUUUAAGGAUUUUUUCAAAUUAUUAUUCAAGGCAUAUAUGCAUUCAGCAACGACAUUUAAUUACAAGCUUCACAUCAGAGAUCGCGUGAGAUAUAAGGGGAUUUGAUUCCAAAAUAAAACAGAAAGCCACGCGUGAAUAAGCAGUCUGCACGUUUAACUUUUUUAUUUUUUUAGAAGAAAUAUCAUCUGAUUUAUUAUUUUGAGAUUUGCAUCGGCAAUGUGCCAUAGUUGUAAAACUACUGAGGGUAGCCUACAUCUGGACACAACAACAAACACGAUCGUUUUGCUUGGAUUUGUCUGCAGCGUUGGCCUUAUACCCAUAUCACAUCCCUGAAAAACCAGCGGAGUUUAUUAAUUGUGGUAUUUAAUUUGUGAUUGUGUACUUGAAUUACUGCGAGACGUUCUUCUCGUUACUGGGCGCUGUGGUUAUGAUGCCCACCCCUGCCUGUUGCAGAUUUUCGUCAUGAUUAACCCCAACAGAGUUGUGUGAUUUAUUUUCCAAAACCAGCGGGUGUGGUGUGCGAUGUUCAGUCUGAUGGCGAACUGCUGCAGCUGGUUGAAACGGUGGCGGGAGCCUGCCAGGAAAGUGACGUUGGUGAUGGUUGGACUGGACAAUGCUGGCAAAACUGCAACUGUAAGAGGCAUUCAGGGAGAAAAUCCCGAAGAUGUCGCUCCGACUGUUGGUUUUUCUAAAAUCGACCUGACACAGGGAAAGUUUGAGGUGACCAUUUUCGACCUGGGCGGUGGGAAGAGAAUCCGAGGCAUCUGGAAGAAUUACUACUCCGAAUCUUACGGGGUAAUCUUCGUCGUGGACUCCAGUGAUAUGGACCGAAUCGAGGAGACCAAAGAGACGAUGUCCGAGGUCCUGAGGCACCCCCGCGUAUCAGGAAAGCCAGUCCUAGUGCUGGCUAAUAAACAGGACAGAGAUGGGGCACUAGCUGAAGCAGACAUCAUUGAGUACCUGGCCCUGGAAAAGCUUGUUAAUGAAAACAAGUGCUUGUGUCAAAUUGAGCCAUGUUCAGCAGUUCUUGGAUAUGGAAAAAAGUUUGAUAAAUCCAUAAGAAAAGGUCUCAGCUGGCUGUUGAACAAUGUGGCAAAGGAUUUCGAGGCUUUAAGUGAGCGGGUGCAGAAAGACACAGCAGAGCAGAAAGCACAGGAGGACCAGGAGAAAAGGGAGAGAGCCGAGCGAGUGCGACGGGUUCGAGAGGAAAGAGAGCAGGGAGAACAAGAAGAGGCUGAGGGAGAGGAUCCUGAGGCUGGCACCAUGGUUAACCCUUUUCAGCCCAUAAGCAAUGUGAUUACACAGAAUGAAGAAAAAAUGAAAGGGGAAAAGGAAAAGAAGAAAGAGCAGCCUGAAAGCAAGUCUGGCGCAAUACCACUACAGCCCACUCAGGGUGCUGAGGAUAUGGAGACUGGGAGCAACCCUGGCAGAGAGCUGAGCAACAGUGGGAUGGUCCACAACUACAUCACCACUCUCAACCAGCAGCUAGAGGAGCAGGGAGAGGGAGAGGAGGAGGCGAAUGAGCGCCAGACCCCAGACAGCAUAGACUCGGCCAAAAAGAAGUCAAAGUCAAAGCUGAAGUUAAAGAGGAGGCACAAGGUUGAACCAGCCAGCACGGACGAUGCUGUCCCUGAGAGCCCAACACCACCCCCGCCCCCCGUUGGCUGGGGUACCCCCAAAGUUACUAGACUUCCUAAACUUGAACCACUGGGGGAUACAAGACAUUCUGAUUUUUAUGGCAAGCCUCUCCCUCCCCUGUCAGCCAGGCAGAGACCGAACAGUGACGCUCAUGAUGUCAUUUCUUAACCGCUAUCCCAGCAAGGAGUUUAUGUGCACUAACAGAAAACUUUCUUUUUAAGUUAGAGAAAAGUGUUGGCUCUUUAUCACAGACACACACUUAUUUAAGCAGUGCUACAGUGAGAUACGCUACAUCAUCACCAAGUCAAUUCAAUGCACACAGCUACCACUACAGACUUGAUGCUGCUGCUAUUGCCACUGCUUCAUAUUGAUUUUGAAAGAGGAGGAGCAAUAUUUCAGAGGAUAGAACCAGUAUCCUAUGUGACUAUGGUUACAGUACAAUCAUGAACUCAAAUGUGACCUUCAUACAUUUCAGGAAAAUGUGGAAAAGAGACUCCUACAGUUCAUACUGUAAUAUCUGGAAUGAUUUGUGUGGUUUUUAGUCAGUAUAGACAAAUUGUCAUUCAUAUCCUCUGAAUGGCAUGAAGCAUGCAGGCAACAACCUUGGGACCAUCAUUUUAUGAUUAUCCUUUUUUUCCUACUUAAAAUCAGUAUUUGUACAGCAUUUGUAAAGAUUUUGUGGUUGCUGUCUUUUGUACAUUUUUAAAAGCACGCGUACAAUGAUUAAAUGAUCCAGUGUGUUGCAAAUGAUCAGGGUUAUUCAGAAUGUGUACAAACUUACCAUAAUGCUACAACUUACCAUAAUUUCAUACAUCUCAGUACAGUAAAAGUGUCCAUCUCACUACAGUAUGUCAAUUUGUACAAGUCUUGAAAUACUGAAUUUUCUGGUCUGGGUUUAGUAGAAUUGCUCCAGAUAUUUGCAGCGUGCCCACAUUACUAUUGGCAAUUUUUUGUACAUGAGAUGAGUGCUGUGAAAGGUUGCUAUCCAGCUACUGAAAAGUGUGGACCUCAAAAUGCGUAGGAGCGCCAGCAGGUGUCAUUAACAGGAAUGAAUCCAUGCGUAGUCUGCAGAACCGACAUGUACCACUGUGCUGUGACAGUCUCUUGGAAAAGUACUGUAAUUGAUUUGAACAAAUUUUACCCAUUGUCUUAAUAGAAAUAGCAUUAUUUUAAGUUUGCCCAUAUUUACAAAUCGCUCUAUAGUAUUAUCCCUGGAUUUAAUCAUCUGUCAGGAAACAAAUUUGAAUGUCAGUUUUCUAAUAUCUUAUCCCCAGAGAUAGGAACAACAAUACAGCAGGUAGUGAAUUGAAUGAUGUCUGUGGGAACUGGUGAAGCAUUUUGGGGUACUGGGCUAAACAGUAUGUUUGUCUUAUGAACCCAGUGUGUUAUACCACAUAAACUCUAAAAUAUGUAUUAUUUAACAGCUGGUUUGUGUUUAAAAGUUGAUACCCAGUGAAAUGUAAUCCUUCGAUGGUUUACUCAAGGGUGUUCAUGUAAAAUAUGAUGUGCCUCUCUAACGUUUACAGUCAACUUUUAAUAUUACUGUGCUAUUUGGUCUCCUUCAAAAACUAAAUAUGAAAGUACCACACACUAGUGAAGCAAUUUUAACACUGCAUUUUUUUGUCUCGCUUUUUUGAGACAUUACAUGGAUGCUUUGUAACUACCUUAUAUGCUAAAUGCAUUUGUUAACUUACACAAAGAACAAUUUUAUUUGACUGUAACCCAAAUACUGUAUACCAGUGUGCAAAAUAUAUUCUCCACAUUUUUUGUAUGCUUGAUAUGAUCUUGUUGCUUUAUAGUAAAAUAUUCUGUUAAAUACAUGCUUGAUUUGAAACAAGAAUCUUUGCUUAUUUAAUUGCAUGUGUUGUCUAUUGUGAGGUUGAAUUCU